AUGCAGCCAGCAAUGAUGAUGUUCUCCAGUAAAUACUGGGCAAGACGGGGACUCUCCUUGGAUUCAGCUGUGCCCCAAGAACACCCACUUCUUGGCAAUGUAACAGUAAGUACCCAGAACUCCUUCUAUCUUGUAUCCAUAUUCUUGCAGCUGAACAGAACUGGUUCUGGUAAAAUUGAUGAUAAAAAGGGCAACAAAAGUACAGGCAAGAAUGAAUCAACAUCAGAAAGCGGAAAGACUGCUGUGGUGUUUUCUUUGAAAAAUGAAGUUGGUGGCUUGGUAAAAGCACUUCGACUCUUCCAGGAGAAGCAUGUGAGCAUGGUUCAUAUUGAAUCAAGAAAAUCCAAGAGGAGGAGUUCAGAGGUAGAAAUUUUUGUGGAUUGUGACUGCAGCAAAAAACAAUUCAACGAACUCAUUCAGUUAUUAAAAUACGAAACUAACAUUGUAACUUUGAAUCCACCAGAAAAUAUCUGGACUGAUGAGGAAGAACUUGACUGCGUGCCUUGGUUCCCCAGGAAGAUUGCUGAAUUAGACAAAUGUUCCCAAAGAGUUCUCAUGUAUGGCUCUGAACUGGAUGCAGAUCACCCUGGAUUUAAAGACAAUGUCUAUCGACAGAGAAGAAAAUAUUUUGUAGAUGUUGCCAUGAACUAUAAAUAUGGCCAGCCAAUCCCUAGAGUGGAAUAUACCCCUGAAGAAAUAAAAACUUGGGGUGUCGUGUUCAAAGAACUUACUAAACUGUAUCCUACUCAUGCUUGUCGAGAAUAUUUGAAGAAUUUCCCUUUGCUGACCAAGUACUGUGGCUACAGAGAGGAUAAUGUCCCUCAACUGGAAGAUGUUUCAAUGUUUCUUAAAGAAAGAUCUGGCUUCAUAGUGAGACCAGUUGCUGGAUAUUUGUCACCUCGAGACUUCCUAGCAGGCCUUGCUUAUAGAGUUUUCCACUGUACCCAAUAUAUACGUCAUGGAUCAGAUCCCCUCUACACUCCAGAACCGGAUACGUGUCAUGAACUCCUGGGACAUGUGCCUCUCUUUGCUGACCCUAAAUUUGCCCAGUUUUCCCAGGAGAUUGGACUGGCCUCACUGGGAGCAUCUGAUGAGGAUGUCCAGAAACUUGCCACUUGCUAUUUUUUCACCAUUGAGUUUGGCCUUUGUAAGCAAGAUGGGCAACUUCGGGCUUACGGGGCAGGCCUUUUGUCUUCCAUUGGAGAACUUAAGCAUGCUUUGUCUGAUAAAGCCAAUGUGAAAACAUUUGAUCCCAAGACAACCUGUUUGCAAGAAUGCCUUAUCACUACUUUCCAGGAAGCUUACUUUGUCUCAGAAAGUUUUGAAGAAGCUAAAGAGAAGAUGAGGGACUUUGCAAAAUCAAUCAACCGUCCCUUUUCUGUAUAUUUCAACCCGUAUACCCAAAGCAUUGAAAUUCUGAAAGACACCAGAAGUAUUGAAAAUGUUGUUCAAGAUCUUCGGAGUGACCUGAACACAGUGUGCGAUGCUUUAAGCAAAAUGAACCGAUAUUUGGGGAUAUGA